AUGAAGUCAAUGUUAAUGUCAAUGUUAAUGGAAUUGGUAGAAAUGAACAACAUCCGCUCCCUCCUCCCUUCCUUCCGAUCCACAAUAGCUUCACUUACGACCUCUCCGGCCCUUCAAAUCAUAAAAUCAUACCCCCCAAGACCAAUAUCUACACCAUCAACAUCAACAUCAACAUCGCAGAAACAAAAAACAGUCUGCAUACUAGACUCCAGUUUCAACCCCCCAACAAAAGCACACAUGCACCUGGCCCUCCAAGCCCUCAGAAAAUACAAAAAAUCAGAAGAAGAUGAUGAUAAAGAAGAAGAACCUCCAUCGCUACUCCUCCUCCUGGCAACUACAAAUGCGGAUAAACCGUCUUCACCAGCUUCCUACGAACAUCGUCUGGCAAUGAUGUGCCUCCUCGCGGAAGAAAUACAAACAAAAACCUCCUCUUCAUCAAGUAUUGAUGACGAUAUACUAGCUCCGCAGAUAGAUAUAGGAAUAACCCCCCACCCACGGUUUAUCGAUAAAUCCACCGAUCUAUCAAAUCAUCCUUUCUUCCCGUCGGAGAUGACAAGACAGGUAUGGAUAUUAGGAUACGAUACUUUGAUCAGACUCCUAAACCCCAAAUACUACCCACCCCACCACACCCUCACAGACCUUCACACAACCCUCCUAUCAUCCACAAACAGAAUCCUAGUCUUCACCCGUCCCGGCACAGACCUUGGCAACGAAUCAUCACAAUAUGAGUAUUCGAAUUCACUCGAUCCUUCUAUUUCGAAAAAGAUAGAUAUGGUGGUUCCGGAUGAUGCCGAACAGGUCGAUGGGGUUAGUAGUACUAAUGUACGCAACGGAGUUAGGGAUGGAAGUGAAGACUGGAAAUUGGGGGUUUGUGAUGGUGUUGCGCGGUGGAUUGGACGGGAGGGGUUGUAUUUAUAA